AGUGUGUUGACGUUCCGGUCAUAGCGACUUUGAUCAAGCCUGCAUAUAUAUCCCUCGGUGGCUCAAGCUGCUGAGUUGGAAUUUAUUUAUCGAUCGUCUUUCCUGACCAUAAGAGAAUUGUGUGGUUCUAGAUUGACAUCAUUAUGUCUCAGGCGCGGGUCACCGAUUUUUACUACCAGAGAAAGAAAGAUGCUAGUGGGGCUAGGCAUGGUGAUGGCAAUACCCAGGUUGUGGACACUGUAACAAGUAAUCCCAGCACAAGAUCAACUCGGUUGAAAAGCAAGAAUGCAACAUCUACAACAAAGGUUACGAUAAAGACUUCAAACUCCACAUGUUCUGAAAACAGUGUACAAGAGGAGUUUAGGAGGGUUAUUGACGAGGCGACUUCGGUCGAUAAGGUGGAGAUCAUGUCUGCUGUGCUGGCGAGGACCGACUCGGAAAAACAAACACUUUUCUCCAGCCCUCGAACUCCCAAGAGGACCUCUGCAGAUGCUGAGUUCGAUUUUGGAUCAGCUGUAUUUUCAACCACUGCUGACCAUAUCAUCGCAAAGAAGCGUCUUCGGAUCGAGGCAAGAAAACAUGCCAUCGCUGCAGGGACAAGUCCUGGGCCGUUUAAAGUUCUAGAGAAUUCGGUCAGGAAGCAAUUGAUUCUCUUCAAAGACGACAAAAAAACUUUCUCCAAAGAGGAUGUUGUGGCACUCGGGUUCCGACUUCAGAAGAUCAAGGACCAGACACGGAAAGCUGAGAACCUGCCCGCUACGGCCCCAGAGUCUACUGCCCCAGACAUGAAGACUAAGCUAGCCUGUGUCAAAGAGCUUGCUGCUAAGGCACAACACCGGAAGGAGGAGAGGUUGGCAGAGGCCAGAUCUACAGAGGAAAAUAAUCGCCCAAAAACCGAGGAUGGAGAUAAGCUCCCAGCCUAUCAGCAGUACCAUACUCUUGCCCAGGAUGCUCCCCCUGGCCUCACCCUGCCCUUCAAGUACAAACUGCUUGCUGGAAUGUUCCGUAGCAUGGACAUCAUAGUGGGAAUGCUUUUCAACCGCUCGGAGACGGUUACCUUUGCCAAAGUGAAGCAGGGUGUCCAGGACAUGAUGCACAAGCGUUUUGAGGAGACCCAUGUGGGACAGAUUAAGACAGUCUAUCCUACUGCCUACCAUUUCCGCCAGGAGAGAAACAUUCCUACCUUCAGUGCUACAGUGAAGAAGUCUAGCUACCAGCUCACAGUGGAGCCUGACAUUGAAGCUGAUAAGAGCAAGGCAGUGCUGGCUGCUUCCCGCCUGUUAGAGAGGCGACGUAUCUUCCAUCAAAACCUAAUCAGCAUUGUGAAAGGGCAUCACAAGGCGUUCCUUGCCAAGUUGAAUCCUCCUAUUAGAGUCCCAGAUGACACGCUUACCCGCUGGCACCCUCGCUUCAAUGUGGAUGAGGUGCCCAAUGUCCUGCCCGGUGAGCUGCCCCAGCCCCCACAGGGAGCUGAGAAGCUAACCACUGCCCAGGAGGUUCUGGACAAGGCCCGCUCCAUGAUGACCCCUAAGAUGGAGAAAGCACUGGCCAACAUGGUUCUGAAGACCGCAGAGAUGGUCUGUGUAAAAGAACAAGAGCCUGUUCCACAAACUCCUGUAGCUCCUGCUGAAACUCACAGUGCCCUCAAAGGGGUGUCUCAGUCCCUGCUGGAGAGGAUCCGAGCAAAGGAGGCUCAGAAGCUCCAAGCUGCCAUGACCCGGAACCCUCCGCGGGAGGAGCGCCUUGUGAUGAUGUCACGGCUGGGGGAGCUGGCUCGGAUCCUGCGUAACGUCUUUGUGGCAGAGAAGAAACCCACACUGAUCAUGGAGGUGGCCUGUAACCGGGUGGUCUCUAGUUACCGCUCUGCCAUGAGCACAGGUGAUAUGGAGCUGCACCUUCGCCUGCUGGCAGAACUGACUCCUGGAUGGCUUACCAUUCACACAAUUAGAAAGGACUUUUAUCUCAAGUUGAUCAAGACCAUGGACCUGAAUGUGGUACUGGAGAAGCUGAAGCAGAAGACCAAAGAGGAAGAAAGGCUUUGAAGCUAUGAUUUUCAAAGUGUAAUUUGAAUAGAGACAUAUUGGCCUUUGUGUGUGUGUGUAUAUACACUGCUCAAAAAAAUAAAGGGAACACUUAAACAACACAAUGUAACUCCAA